GAUCGUACGAUUAACCAAUGCACGACGAGAUCGGAAUGUCAGCCGCUAGCACUACGUUGUGCUUAAGACUCGCGCUUGUAGUACGUACGUGCAUGCAAGACAUGUCAGGGUGUUCCACCCAUCCAUGUUGAGUUUAAAUGCUGCCGAGAGCGUUUUGACCCAGUUCACAUAAAUCAGGAUCACCAUUGAAGUGUUUCGUUUUUACCAUGACAAAUCCCUGUGUGCGAGUGAGAUUCUCAGCCCAACGAUGGAUUUUUGGAACUUGUAUCUAACGUCGAAUUUCACGCUGGGUCUGGCGUAUUUUUUCGUGUGCGUUGAGAUCGUGUGCUUGUAUGUAUUCCACUUGGUGGCCAUUCUAUACAUAAAAUUAUACAUGCACAGAAAGCCAAGCAACGUAGUCAGAGAAGAACUGCCUGGGGUUACAAUACUCAAGCCGUUAGUCGGUGUAGAUGCCAACCUAGAAGACAACUUAGAAACAUUCUUUAAUUUGGAUUAUCCGAGGUAUGAGCUCAUAUUUUGCAUACAAGAUGAGAAGGACCCCGCUUGUAAAACGGUGGAAGCUCUCAUGGGAAAGUACCCUCAGGUAGACGCGAGGCUUUUUCUGGGUGGCUCCAGGAUUGGCAUGAAUCCCAAACUAAACAACCUAAUGCCUGGCUACAGCGCUGCUCAGUAUGACCUCAUCAUGAUCAGCGACAGUGGAAUUAGGGUUUUCAGCAACACUUUGACAGAAAUGGUGUGUAAAAUGACCCCUGACGUGGGUUUAGUUCAUGCCAUACCGUAUUGCUGUAAUAGGAAAGGCUUUGGUGCUACUCUAGAAAAGGCAUAUUUUGGUGGCCCCCAUUGCCGGAUGUAUAUAUGCUGCAACAUGGUGGGAGCCACCUGCGUGACGGGCAUGUCCAAUUUGAUACGGAGGACUGUGCUGGAGGAGGCCGGGGGGUUCACGGAACUGGGCAAAUACAUAUCGGAGGAUUUCUACAUGGGGGUUGCGGCCAUCAAAAGCGGUCUUUCUACCAGGAUAAGUAGCUUUCCCGCUAUGCAGAAUUCUGCCAACACCUCUCUAGAGUCGUUUGGUAAACGGAUGGUCAGAUGGACCACGGUUCGCACCUCCUCUGUUCCUUCCAUUCUCAUUCUGGAGCCCUUCUCCGAGGCGGUCCUGUGCGGACUGUGCUGCACGUUGGCCGUGUACUACCUCUUUGGCUGGGACCCCAUUCUCUUCUUCAUGGUGCACAUGCUACAGUGGUUUAUGCUGGACUACAUCCAAAUCCGCGCUCUUCAGGUGGAACAUCUUAAUUGUUCGAAAUUUGACUACAUGGUUGCCUGGGUUUACCGAGAAUGCACCGCACCGUUCUACUUCCUGAAGGGCUGCUUUAACAACAAGGUCAAGUGGCGGACGGGAACGUUUCGUGUCAAGUGGGGCGGCUACCUUGAGGAGGUGCACUGACCUCCCCCUCCACCCCACCAGCAUAAGGAUAUUAAAGAGCAAUUUCAAAAACCUUGGCCCCGACUUCACUCAAGUGCCAUUUGAAGCUCUUGAUAAUUAACUUACCUUUGGAUAACGGUAUGUAACCCUGGCCAUGUUUUACACUUUCAUUCAUGCAGAAUUCUCGUAUCUAAGAUCUAGGUGUGAAUGAGACCUGCUUUGUCUGGCACUCUCAUUCCAGCAAGUGUGGCCUUGCAGGUUUAAUGGACCAUGUGCGUGUCAAGCUCAUGUGGUGUAGUCCACGCACAGCCUUUUCCAUCUCAUCAGGAUUGAAAAUCCAACAAAAGUUUGAACGAGCACCAGGCACUCGACAGCGAUUGUAUUCAGCCCCGAAUGGCACAGCUUGUGUAGGGUUACCUGUGUGCACAGAAAGGGUUAAAGACACACAGAUACCAACUCAGACCAUGUUGGUCGUCUUACACUUUCAAGUAUAUGUAGCUUAAAGGACCCAUGCUGAGCUUAAGCAUCCUACCAUUAAUGAGGAUGUUGAAGAUUGGGUCUAAAACUGGUGCUUAGCUUUAAGAAAUGGCAGAUUUCAAUUAUUGGUAGAAUUAGUAUGUGAACAGGUAUUUGUCUAGCACCAUGAGAGCUUGGAUGAGUAUAACCCCCAUCUACCAAAACCAGGACUGAACUUGAGUUGGUGUAUCAAGUAAAUUCCUUUUGAAACGUGGAGUGAUGCUUAUGAUCAAGUUACAAUUUGUAUUUUACACUGUCUCCUUUAUCAUGCAUUCCCUGCCGCGUGGUGGAGGACCCUGAUCUUGACUGGCUUGUUAUGAGAACUAAUGGCCGUAGUGGCUAUUUGUACCCAAACGAUCCACUGGGUCACCCUCCUUUCCUGGUCAGCAGUCAACUUCUGUAACCCUUGAAUUGUAUAGAUGCCAUCCCUUCUUGGAAUAUCCAACAAGCCCUUUGUUUCAGUUUCUGUUUUGCUUUGAGUGAUAAAUGUUUGGUUCUCAGUGUCCCUCAUGCAAACAACUUUCUAUUUGCUUUUACAUCAAGUAUUUAACUGUGAGAUAUCACACUCCUUGGAAAUCUUCUUGCAGUAGUCAGUGCAUUUUUCCUGGUUUUGAUAGAGUGGGGUAUCUACUGAGAGUUUCAUGGGUGGUGCAUCACACAAGAAAAUUUCAAGGGUGACUCAUUAGUUUGACCAGAGUGCCAUGCGUGGAGAUGUAAAACAGUCAGUGUUUGUCAGUAGUCAGAAAUAAUGUCAAAUUGUAUCACUGAGGACCACAGAAGUGUUGAAGAGUUGAAGAGUGUACUGUACACUGUUAUGAUUCCGAUUCCUCCGUGAAUUUUCCACGUGUUGAAAUCAUUGUGAGCCUUAGCCGUGUCUGGAACAGCCUUCCAGAGCUACGGCUAGGUCUAGUGUCUGCACGUCUCCGUGCAUUUCUAAUGGAGUUAAGACCUAGACCCAGCUCUAGACAACAGAUUCGGAUGCAGCCUUAGCCCAUCGAAAUGUUGCCACAUAUUGAUGGUUCAGAUCUGAAGAUUCCAUUCACCGUUGCAUUACACGAGGCAGGGUUUUCAGACGAAGGGUUGUCUGGUGAACACCCUAUUGUUCAUUCCACACACCAUCCUUUGUCAUGCAGAUGUACAGGCAUGUACGAAUACAUACCAUUAAAGAAAUUUAGCCCCUCUGUUCUCCUUUGUGAUUCUGAGCAACUUUGGAUGACCAGCUUUUCAAACGCUGAAUAAAACGGUGAGGGGCUUGUUCUCCCCAUCUUGUACUGUGCACGCAGAGUACAUGCUUUCGACCUAAAUUUCCUUCGCUGCGUUGGAUUUUCGGCCCAGUCCGAAUGAUAGCUGGAAGAGCAACAUGCCCGUGGAUGCAGGUUGGAAGAAAUCUCUCCUCUGGGCAUAGAGUUAGAGUAGUUUUUUAGUUAGAUGAACAACUUGAUAGUCAUUAGGCAGAAAUUUGUGACAUAUUCGUUGAUGGAUACACAUGGUUGUACCCCCCAAAAAUGUGCUACCUCAAAAUUUAUAACUUGACAUAUAUUAAGUGAGAUUUUAUUGUGUAGAGUUGUUUGUGUCUCUUGCAUUACAUUCAAAACAUUUCACUCCGUCGUGAACAAUGACACGGGUACAGGUACCGAUAAUAACAUUACUAGAAUAGUGCAUGGUGUAAACGGUGACAUCAGAACACCAGGUGUUGGAGUGUUGUGUAGAAAUAGUCGUAUCUUGUUGCAGUUGGAGUAGAUAUCGGAACCUGUUUACCGUGCCUACUGCAGCAACCAAACACAUCCGAAGAUUUGUUCUAAUCUCUGUUGUGGCAACAAGUAAUGCAGUUGAUUUGUUUUCUUUUUUCAGUUUUGCUGUCAAGGAUAUAGGCAUUAUUAUUACAUAAUUAUUAUGCAUGGUACUUCUUUUUUUUAUUUAUCAGCCGCCAUUUUUUGGCAAUCUUGAGUAUCAAUUUUAGGUAUUAAUUGUUUUGUAAAUUUUGAAUCAGAAUUUUAUCAAAGAAAUAACUCAUGAACUCAACUUUUUUUUAAAUAAUGCACAACUCCGGGAAAAACUGUGCUUGCCACUUUUAAUCUCACUGUAAUAUAUGCAUUUUAGUGGUUCAUUGAUGGCAAUGAAUGAUUACACGUGCACCAUUUUAAAACAUUGAACUGUCUUUACACAUCUCUAAAGCGACUCUCUGAGCAUUUGAUCUUUCUUAUAACCUUAACUGUUGAAUAGCUUGAAUUCUACAUUGCAGAAAUUUGACAGUUACUGUUUAAGAGCUGUGAGGAAUCGAACUCAUUGUGGGGCAUUGUUAUCAACUCAGUUUCCAGAUCCCAGUAGAAGAUGUUAGGUUCUGCAGAUUUUUCAAUUUAAUGCUUUGUUCGUCUUCCGUUCUUCCUGGCCUGUUCAGUUGUACUGUCUUCCUGUCUACAUAGAUGCAUGUACCACAAAGAAACUGAACAUUUGAAACUUUUAAACCUUAUGGACAAUCUGACAUAAAAGAAGUUUUACGUGAGUAUGACAAGCUCCACAAUGGUUGAGUACAUACAAUCACAGAUGCUGUUAAACAGAAAAAGACUGAAAAGAAACUUUGCCGCAAUUCAUCCCCACAGAGCAGCAAGAGGAAUCCACUGCCUCGACUGCUGUAGUCAUGUGACCCAAUCAGGUGACAUGCUUAAAAGGUUUGUGACGGGAACUUACUUGGGGCAUGCAUGUAGAGAAAGUAUGGUCGUGUACAUGUAACCAUGUCAGUUAUUUGUGUUCAACUCUUGUAAGAUACACUUUUACCAAGGGUUUAUGUGCAGUACUGAAACAUGUUAUUUAUGUCAUAUAUUGUUUAUUAAUGUGGAACUGAAAGAAGGGUGAAGUUUUAAAAGGCUGAUCGUUAUAGUUUUUACACAUUUUUGUAUAAGCACCUGGUGUAUGUUGUUUGCUGCAUAUUGUCAUAGGUCAUUACAUGUAUGUGUCAAAUCAAACACUUUCGGGUCUUCGCACAGAUUUUGUACCGGUAAAUUUGCUGAAAUUGUUCAGAUCAUAUGAGGCCACAGGUUAUUAAACUGUUGAUGUAUCAAUUUUUCACUCUUUGAAUGCCUGUAUUUCUGGAUAGGAAUGUUGGAGAUGAUUUUUAUGAUUAAAUUGAAGCUCAUAAACUAAGAAACCCUUUCUAUACUUGACUAGCCCUAAGUACAUCUUGCGUGUAGCUUUAUGUACAGUUUAAUGCAAUUUGACUGUACCUUACAAACCACAUGACCCAAACACUUAAAUUGUGGUUUCUGAGUUUUUCAUCAGACCGUGCAGUUUCAGCCAUUUUCAGAAAAAUCUUUGAGAUCAACCCUGGAAUGUUUGAUUUGACGUGGACAGAAUGGCUCUUAUUUUAUUUCUUUUUACAGCUAAGGCCUACACCAGUUAUGCUCCAAUGACUUCGGUGUGCAUACAGCUUAAGCCCAAUUCACAAUUUUAAAGAUAAUUGCGUCUCGACAAAUUCUGCCUAGAUUUAGGCAUAAUUUUUCUUCUUUUUAUCCCAUGUUACAAAUCAGUUUAUUGGUGAUGUCAGCUGUGUAUAUCUCGUAACAAUCUUUUUUACCUAACAUGGUACCUUGUACAGUGUCACUCCUGGGCCACUGUAACUUGAAUUUAUACUCCCAAAGUACGAGCAUUGCCCGUCUCAGAGUCAGUCCAUUCAGUAGAUUUGUAAUGUCAGUCAUUGUACAUACAAAUGAGGAUGACUGCAAUUACUUCCAAGUUUCAACUUGGCCUUUUCAACCUACCCCCAUGAAGAUUGCUGUUGAACUUGAAUUCAGUGUGAGAGAUUACAGCCGGCCACUGAAAGCAUUGUGAGAAUGGGGGAAUUUUGACAAUGCAGAAAAUCUUUUCUCACUGUGCACGUUGGUCUUUAUUUUCACAUACUUCUUGCUGGUUCACCUGUAAAGUAGAUAACGUGUGCUGAAUUUUUCAUUCUUAAUGUAGGUUUUUUGAAGGCAAGCUUUGUCGAGUACAUCAAAAGCAAGUAUGAACAUGGAAUUGUGCUGUCCAAUCAAAUGUUUGCACUGUGGAUUUGCAAGAUUUGGCUGACAUAUUUCAUGACGUCAGGUUGCCUCCUUCACAUUUGCCUGAAAAAUGAACUAGGCUGCAUUUAUCUGUCGAGAUGCAUUCAAACUAGUAGUGCACGUUUAAAUAUGUUCAUUCAAAAGCAGCAGCUUUUGAGGAGGUUUUAGAAGAAAAACUAACAUUUUCAGUGGAUGGUAGCUUGAACUCCCACUGACUCCUGAAACAUGUCAUGGGUCAAGAAUUAGAACUGUGUUUGUGUUUUGCAACACAUUAUUAGCGAUAAUUCCAUCUGUUCCCUUUAAUGGAUUCAACAACUGCCACUUGGUGACAUGGCUGAAGCUUUGAAAGUGGGCAAAGCUUGAAGAAGCUAGGAGUAUUGUCAUCAAAAAACAAAGAGAUGGUGGGUAUCCGCCGUAGGCAGAAGCACCCCCUCAUUGGUUGGAAAGAGCCGUGUUGGUUGAGAGUGUUCAUUUUGUUGGUAGCGAAGCGACCAAAAUGCGUGCACUUCAUUAUUGUUUGUGAACCAGUGAAGUGCAGCUCCAACCAAAGGAGUCUGCACGAGGCUCAUUACGUGAGGGUUUGGUUGAGAAGGAAUUGUCAUUUACAUUCUACAAGUAUAACACAUGUAGAUAUUGUUACUUUUCCAAGUACAUUUCACACGCAUGGAUUUCUUUUUAAAGUGGGCCCGCUGCUAUAUUCAAUAAUUUUCUGUCAGAAUAUUACUUAUUGCUUAUUGUUUUGUAUUUCAGUGUUAAAGCAGCAUUUUAUAUAUUCAUCUUAAUUCUUUAUAAUACAUUUUUAUUUAAAGCAUGCUUCAUUUGUACUAAAACUGUGAGAUCUUGGCUUAAGUUUUAUUCCUGGCUAGCGAUGACAUAGGAAAGGAAAUAGCUGUAGCCAUUAGCAAGUAGCUUCCUUAAGGUAUGCGUUUCCUCUGAUUUGUUUCUUUACACUCAUGAUUAAGCAUAAACCAUCAUACGCCUUGGCAGAAUCCCACUUCUGCAACCGGAGGCUUGAGCUGAAUGAUAUUUAAAUUGUUGAUGCGUUAGUCCAAUGAUUUACAUUGUAAACUGAAAGGGCGUCGGCCCAUGAAGGUUGUCGUAAGUGAUAAUUUUGCACUUGUAGAAUAAUGGAGAAUGAUGUUAAGCACAAGGUAGAAUGGUGUUUGUUUGUUUUUAAAUGAUGAUUUUUUGGUCAGUGGAUUACAGGUUCUGUUUUUCCUUUAAGAAGUUAUAGACAGUAAAGGAUUUUCAUGUAUAGAUGUACAUGUAAUCGUGUCAUCUUGUUGGCACAGAGUAACGACUACAAGCAAGUUUUGUACACAGUACCAUGUUCCAAAGUUGCUUCACACAUAUUUACCCUCCAUACCUAGCGUGGACAUUCCUUUGAUUCUGUGCAGUUAAGAAACUCAGUGGAAAUGCUUGUGUUUCUUUAACUGUGAACCAUUUUCAGCUGGAUUUUUGAAAAAAAAAAAUUUCCUUGACUGUUCCUCUUUCUUUUACGACAGAUAACCCUAACCCCGAUGCCUUUAAAUCUUUCUCAGAGAAGGGAAAGAUGUCCUGUAGACGUGGCCCACAGAAUGUCUUCCCUUCCUACAUCGUAGGGACAUCUUUUGUUUACGAGUCCACACUAGGCAUGUAAGGUUAGUGCUCUGCUUCUGGAAGUACCAGGCAUUCAUCUGAGCACACCUUAAUCGUGUAGUCCAUUGGACAGUGCAUCAUGAGCCCAUCUUUUGAUUAAGCUCUUUGUUGAUGGUGCUCUAAGGAACAUUUUACUCUAGAAAUUAUUUGCUUUUGGUAUGAAAUCAUUCAGUGUGAUUUUUAUCCCAAUUAGAAAAUGUUGGAAGAGGGAGACUGUGUGUUACACUUACAAUAUACUACUAGUCGUAGUUUUGACUGAAAAUGGCCGAGGACGAAUCAGUGAUGGUCUUAUCAAGAUUGUUCCAUACCUUAAUAACUGCCAUUCCUGCUUGCUCAAGCCAUAUUCAUACAUGACAAAUAUAGUUCUUGUGCAUUUCAUGACCUUGUAGCCCUGUCCUUAUUUUUAUGUUAGCUGUGCCAUUACCAAUGCCAGUCCUUCAGGAGUACAUCUUGACAUUAUGUGUGCAUGAAUGUUUUAGGUGGGUGAUAGUAGGCCGGCGUACUGUGUGCAAUUGUAAUAGCCGUCUGCUGUUAAGCUAAGUUGAUUUGAACACAGUGCGAAGAAAUGUGCUCGACAAAGAUGAUGAAAAAUAACGUAAUUCAUGUAACAUACCGGUACUGUAAGGAAACAAGACUGUAAUGAAUUAGUUUAUCCUGUAAUGAAUUAGUUUGUACAUGGAUAUAGUGUGUGUAUAUCUUGGCAUUAUUGGGUGAAAUAAAGUUACUGACUUCUCACAGUAUCUCA